AUAAAAAAGAAUAAAAAGAAGCGAAAAACCAUGUGCAGUGAAGAUUGCAGGCCACUGGGCUUCCUCCUCAGCCUUCCCUUUGCUUUACUUUCUCUCAUCAUCUCUAUUCUCGGCGUUGUUGUUUGGAUCGUGGGGUUGUUGUUGACACUCAUCUGUCCUUGUUGUUUGUGCGUGACGGUGAUAGUGGAGAUGGCAUUGGAGUUGAUCAAAGCUCCAAUUCAUGUUAUCAAAUGGUUCACCCAACAGAUCCCUUGCUAAUUCCUCUUUUAAUCUUCACUGCCUGCUCUGUUCUGCUUAUUUUUCUCACUUCUUAUUUGGGUUUAAACAUGGCUAUCAUAUAUAUAUACACACACACACAUCUCUUUGCAAGUUAUAUGUUCGAUGAUUGUAAGGGUGAAAUUUAGGCCAAGUUUCAUUGUUGUAUUCUUGGCUCUUGAUUGUAGCUAAGUAGAUAUUCUUUGUGUGGUUUCUGUGAUAUGAUAACAUUAAUUAUACGCCCAUCGGCAGCGCAUUCCAUCUGCUAAAUGAAAUCUGAAA